UGCAACAUCUGUCCGGAACUGGUUGACGGCGCUCCCAAGUCGGGUGACUUAGUUGUGGAGUAUUCACCGCCGCUGCCCUACCAGGGCACAGGCUUCCACCGAUACGUAUUUGUCCUCUAUUGCCAGGAGAAAGGACCCAUUGACCUGAGCCAGGAGAGACGUGGACCACUAAAGAGGUGA